GAGAUUUCUCUCACACUGCAUUUAGUUCACAGAUCUGUGCUUUAGGCGGAAUGCAUGUGUCUGCACCAGAAAACAGAGUUUUGAUGUGAAGCGGUGUUUGCUGAAAUCAUGUCAUCCUGCGCUCCUGUUCUAUUGGCUGUUUUAUGCUGUCUAAUAUCAGUGACAUCAUCACUCAACCUGGAUGACCCCAAUGUCUGCAGUCACUGGGAGAGUUAUUCUGUUACAGUGGAGGAGUCAUACGCUCAUCCCUUUGAUCAGGUUUAUUACGCCAGCUGUACGGAUAUUCUCAACUGGUUCAAGUGCACUCAGCACAGGGUCAGUUACAGGACGGCGUUCCGCAGGGGUGUAAAGACAAUGUAUCGGCGCAAGUCUCUGUGCUGUCCAGGUUUUUAUGAGAGUAGAGACGUGUGUGUCCCUCAUUGUGUUGAGAAAUGUGUGCAUGGCCGCUGUGUGGCCCCCAACACCUGUCAGUGUGAGCCGGGCUGGGGAGGAGCCGACUGCUCCAGCGCGUGUGACAGCAGUCACUGGGGUCCUCACUGCACUAGUCGUUGUCAGUGUAAGAACGGGGCGUUGUGUAACCCCAUGAGCGGAGCGUGCAUCUGUUCGGCCGGAUACAGCGGCUGGCGCUGUGAGGAGAUUUGUGAGCGCUUCACCUAUGGACACAACUGCCAACACAAGUGUCAGUGUCAAAACAACGCAACAUGCCAUCACAUGAGCGGAGAGUGUGUGUGCGGCCCCGGUUACACUGGAGCAUUUUGUGAGGAUGUGUGUCCUCCAGGAAAACAUGGCCGUCUGUGUGAGGAGCGCUGUCCGUGUCAGAACGGAGGUGUGUGUCAUCAUGUGACGGGUGAAUGUUCCUGUCCACCUGGUUGGAUGGGGAGGGUUUGUGGAGAGCCGUGUCCACCGGGCCGGUUCGGGAGUAACUGCUCACAGGAGUGUCUGUGUCAUAAUGGAGCGAGCUGCUCACCCUCUACAGGACAGUGUGUGUGUACUGCAGGAUACACAGGACGGAGGUGUCAGGAUGAAUGUGCGGUUGGCACGUUUGGACUCGGUUGUAGUCAGAUGUGUUCUUGUGUGAACGGUGCUCAGUGUUAUCACGUGAAUGGAGCGUGUCUGUGUGAAACGGGUUACACAGGAGACAGAUGUGAGCUGCGAGACUGUCCUGAGGGCCUCUAUGGUCUGAAAUGUGAACAUAAAUGCCCGUGUCACCCCAACAACACACGCAGCUGUCACCCGCUGACAGGCAAGUGUUCAUGUGAGACGGGCUGGGCGGGAUUAUUCUGUGACCAGACUUGUGCUCCAGGUUUCUUUGGUGAAUCAUGUCAGGAGGUUUGCAGCUGUCAGAACGGCGCUGACUGUCAUAGCUUGAGCGGCAAGUGUGUCUGUGCGCCUGGAUUCCAGGGCUCAGAUUGCUCGCGGACGUGUCCUGUCGGUACAAACGGCAUCAACUGCACCUCUCUGUGUUCCUGUAAGAACCGAGCCACAUGUUCACCUGUAGAUGGAUCCUGUUCAUGUCAAGCAGGUUGGCAGGGUGUGGAUUGCUCUAUUAACUGUGCCAGCGGUACGUGGGGUCUGAACUGUAACCGGACGUGUGUCUGUGAGAACGGAGGCUCGUGUGACGCUCUGGACGGCAGCUGCACAUGUACUCCAGGCUGGAGAGGAGACCGAUGUGAUCUGCACUGUCAUGACGGCACGUAUGGACUGGAGUGUCGCGAGAGAUGUGACUGUAUUCAUGCUGAUGGAUGUCACCCUACAACUGGACACUGUCGCUGUCUGCCCGGCUGGACGGGUGUUCACUGUGACAGUGUUUGUGCUGAAGGCCGCUGGGGGCCCAGCUGCUCUCUCUCCUGUAACUGUAAGAACGGGGCUUCGUGUUCACCUGAUGAGGGCACUUGUGAGUGUGCGUCUGGAUUCAGAGGAGCCACCUGUCAGCGCAUCUGUUCUCCGGGUUACUUUGGUCAUCGCUGUGGCCAGGCGUGUCCACAGUGUGCCCAUAGCAACGGCCCGUGUCAUCAUGUGACCGGACAGUGUGACUGUCUGCCUGGUUUUAAAGGCUCUCUGUGUAAUGAAGUGUGUCCCAGUGGUAGGUUUGGUAAGAACUGUGCCUGGAGCUGCAGGUGCACUAAUAACGGCACGUGUAACCCCAUCGAUGGCUCGUGUCAGUGUUACCCUGGCUGGAUCGGCAGCGACUGCUCACAGCCCUGUCCACCGGGUCAGUGGGGUCCAGACUGCAUCAAUACGUGUAACUGUCAUAACGGAGCGUUCUGUAGUGCAUAUGACGGCGAGUGUAAGUGUACGGCUGGCUGGACGGGUCUUUACUGCACACAACGUUGUCCGUUGGGUUUUUACGGUAGAGAUUGCGCUCAGGUGUGUCAGUGUGAGAACGGAGCAAAUUGUGAUCACAUCUCUGGUCAGUGUACGUGUCGUACCGGUUUCAUGGGACAUCACUGUGAACAGAAAUGUCCUUCUGGUACGUAUGGAUACGGCUGUCGACAGGUGUGUGAUUGUCUGAAUAGCUCUACCUGUGAUCACAUGACUGGCACUUGUUACUGUAACCCCGGCUGGAAAGGGCCACGCUGUGACCUGGUGGGGGUGAUCAUCGUGGGAAAUCCCAACAGUUUGACAAGUACGGCUGUGCCGGUGGGCUCGUAUCAGAUCGGAGCUAUCACAGGAAUCAUCGUGCUGGUUCUUCUGGUGCUCACGCUCCUCACACUCUUCGUCAUUUACUGCAGAAAACAGAAGGGUAAAGAGUCCUCCAUGCCUGCUGUCACAUACACGCCAACCACGAGAGCCAACACAGAUUACACCAUCACAGAGUCGCAGAUGAAUGACCUCUCUCCCAACACCAACCAUUUCUCUAAUCCCAGUUACGACACACUGACUCAAUGCAGCAGUCCACCUCAUGUCAAUAAUGUGCUGUACGGAAAGCCGAAGAAUAACCAGCCGUUGGUGAAUCUGAAGAAUCCUGAGAUGAGGAAAGUUCCGGGUCACACGGGAACGCUGCCGGCUGACUGGAAACAGAGCGGAUGCUUCAAUGAACUGGGAGCGUAUGGUGUUGACAGGCACUACAUGGGUAAAUCGCUCCGAGAUCUGGUGAAGAAUGUGUCGUAUCACGUCAGUUCGUGUUCGCUCAGUAGUUCAGAGAAUCCGUACGCCACCAUUAAAGAUCCUCCCGCGCUUCUGACCAAGAGCUCUGAAUGUGGAUACAUGGAAAUGAAAUCACCCGCUCACAGACAUUCACCGUACGCAGAUGUACAUGCUGGCGCUCCGGCCAACAAAAACGUCUAUGAAGUCGAGCCGACCAUCAAUAACAUCUCAAACAACAACUACAAUGGAGCAUUCGGUCAAGAUCCAUACGAUCUACCAAAGAACAGUCACAUUCCAUGUCAUUAUGACCUGUUACCCACCAGAGACAGCACCGCCCCACCCCAGAACCUCACGGACAACAACCUGUAAUCCCUUCUGUCAUGUGUUCUGAGUGACAUAAACAUUCUUGCAACUCUUCAUUUAAUGGUUUGUACAAUAGCUCAGUCUGACCCAGACAUCCAUUGGAGGAGGAAAACAUUUGGGUUAACACACGUGAAUCAUUCCAUUCAGUCUGUAACGUAAAUACAAAUAAAACAUCUGUUCAAGAUUCACAUAUCACACACGGAAAUUGACCAAUUUACCACUUACCAGUGCCAGCGUUUCCCAUGGAUUGUCGCCCAAUCACAGCACGACCUGCUGUAUAACAGUUAAAAGGUGGAAAGCUGAAAAACUCCUCCACGGUGGGGAAAGAAUUCUUCAUUUGUUCUCCAAAAGCAUUUCAGACGUACCAAAGGUGAAUGUGCUGUUACAAGGCAGCGUUCUUCUUGUAUUUAUGUUGACAGACGUUCCAGAUAUUGAGAUGAUUUUAAUGACUGAAACCAUCAAAUGCUUGAAGUUGUUUUAGUGAGCUGAAGCUGGACUUUUGCAGAGACAGAUGGGUUUGUGAGGUCAGUCUAAUAUGACAUAUAGUCAUGUGUUCUGAGUCUUAAAGGGCUCAACGAUCAUUCUAUGAAAGUGUACAUAGUGGCAGUUCAUCAUUUCUUAUUAUUCCUAAAAAUAUAACAUUCCUAAUCUGUCAGUUUUCAAGUAUUUUGACAUGUAGAUUACAGUUCUUUACUGACUGAAACCCAACAUACUGUAGUGUGUUUAUCGUUUCAUUUAUAUGAUGAAUAAUACUGAUUCUGCAACGUGUGUGUGUGUGUGUGUGUGUGUGUGUGUGUUUGUAUGGUGUUUAAAUCAGUAUUGUUGGUUUGUUUUGUUUAUAAUAAAUAGUUGCACAACUGUUGUUAUUUACCUUCCCAAAGAGCACUGGUUGUAACAAUUAUUUUUGUAUCCUUUCCUUCACUUAUUUUGAAUGUUGUAUUUUACUGGUUUCAUGCUUUUAACUGAAAUGGAGUAUACUGUUUAUGCAAUUGAG